ACGACGACGAGCACGGUAAAAAAUCCCAGAAGUGGGAUGAAAUGAACAUCAUAGCUACGUACCACCCAGCAGGCAAAGAUUAUGGCUUGAUGAAAAUAGAUGAGCCAAGUACUCCUUAUCACAGCAUGGUAGGAGAAGAUGAUGAGGACGCAGUGAGCGAUUCGGAAUUAAAUGAGCCUUUAAAAGCAGAUGUGUUGAGUAAAAAACUGGCAGCUGCAGCUGAAGGAAGAGGACCCAAGAUUAUAGCAAGGCGAGAGGAAAGCAGCGAGGAGGAGGAAGACGAUGAAGAAUUAACACCUGAAGAACGAGAGAAAAAGAAACAGUUUGAAAUGAAGAGAAAAAUGCACUACAAUGAAGGACGAAACAUCAAACUGGCAAGACAGCUCAUUGCAAAAGAACUACAUGGUGAAGAAGAGGAAGAUGAUGAAGAUGAAGAGAUGCGGGAUGCUGCAGAUGUAGAAACAAUGAAUACAGAAGUUACUGAACAUGCACAUGCUACUCGUGACCAGCUGGAAAGUAGAGCACACAGCAUAGAAGAAAUCUGUCCAGAACUGUAACUGCUUGUCAAAGACACAAAUAUAAACAUCGCUUCAUGAUUUUUGCAAUUAAGGCUCUUAAAUAUUGAGAAGCAUAUCAGUUACAAUGUUGUAUUGCCAAGAAUGUUAAUUUUAGACUUGUCCAUUAGGCAGAAAAAACUGUCUAAUUGAUUUAUUCUUGUGCCUAGUAUUUCAUGGAGAAUACUACUUCAUAAUCUGUUCAACCAGAAUGGCAUUCCCUGUAUGUGUAACGCUGAUUAUCUUGCGUCAUGUACUGUUACUCUUCAUGCUUCCAAACAGACAGUAUCUUUGGUUUUUCACUAUUUAUUUCACAGUGUUCUAGGCGUGGUAUCUCUCAUGGAAAGGUUUGGGAUUCAAGAGCCAAACGGUACAGCAUAUAUCAGAUUGACAUGCAAGCUAUUUAUCAGAUGUGUUAAGCCGUUUAAAAAGGGAUUAUUUAUGUCUUACAACGUCUUUGUAAAAUGUUGACCUGUUAAUCUAGAUUUCAGGAUGUUAUUACCUGUACUUUCCCAGUCCUUAGAAGAAGAGCCGUAUUAUUUUUUUUAAGAGUGGUGUUUGGAAUCAGUUGCUUGUUUCUGACUAAGGCAGUACUAACAUCUGGCGGAGGGAACGUUUUUACACUGGAAAUGUGCUAACUUGAACUUUGUGUUUAACUGUCAUUAUCUCUUCCAUCGGGACUGGAUGUUCAGUGGAGCUCUCUUUGGCUUAUCGUGAGAACGUGGAAGUUCCCUCCAACUUCUGUCUUAAAACAACAUCCACUGUCACUCUUCUGGCUCUUGUUUCAAACUUUUGGUCCUUUCCAGUUGGAUGGAGUGCUUGUGCUACUAGCACCUGAGGAGAAACACCCAGCCAUGAGCAAGUCCACACCAGGACUGUGAAGAUGAGCUGAAUUUAGGCUCUGGCUGUUCUUUCUAUAUAAAGAUAACUGCUCCCGAUCUCCUGCUCAUUUGGGGUUGGUAACCUACAUACUGAAAACCACUGGUCUAAAUCAUCCUGUAUCCAUUGCAACUUACAGCAGCUGCUCUUGUAAAAUGAAGGCGGUUUGGAGAAUAGAAGGGAAACUGCCUAAUUCAUCUACUUGUUUGCAGUGUGGUUGUAUAGCCCCUGUAAAGAGGGAUUCCGAACCUCCAAAUUGCUGUAAACAGCUUUCCACUCAAAUGAAUUUGACUGGUGAAUGUUCCAGUAUUUAGAGUAGUUUCUAGGUUUUAUUACACAAAUGAAGUAUACACUUAAGCUUUAGCUUGGUUAUGGAAUACAGUGUAUAUCUUAAUUUUGAUCUGAAUUUCAUAUGUUUCAAAAGUCCAUAUAAUUAUAUGGAUAUAUUUUAAAAUGUUUUUUUUGUCCACUGUAUAUGUGAAGUUUGAAUAAAGGAAUGAAAGUUAUUUUACAGUUACAUGCAUUCUCAAGUGUGAGCUUUCAUGAAAUCUCAGAGAGAUUGAGAGUGAAUAAGGCAAUAGGUUGCUGUCCUUUGAAAGACAUAUACAGGAAUAAUUCCUUAGAAUGGAUGCGUUGCCAAAGAUACCUGUGAGUUGUGCUACCUGGGAGUUGCUGUGUGCCUUUCCCAACUAUCUUCUCUCCUUAGUAGGUAACAGGGUUGUGAGUUGUGGGAUACUCAAGUCUUCUAAGGACCUGAAUCAGGGUUAAUAGCGUCUUUUGACAAGAAAGAGUUGAACUUUUGAUUCAGUCUAGUGUGGUGAUGCUAAUUUUUCAAUAUGGAGAAUGCUGUUUCUUCUUGUAUCAAACAUGGUCACUUCUAUAGAAUAAACAGGAGAAAAGAACAUUUAGAUACUUCUGACUCCUAAGUCACUUACUGUAGCUUUAAAUUUGGCUCCCAAGAAUAUGAUUUAAAACCUUAAUUUGCACCCUUUCUGUACCAGCUUGCAGUGUUCACGCUGCUGGAGUGUGGGCACCCACCCGUGUCUCAGACUGACCGGCUGCUGGCUGCUCUGCCCCGGGGAGGGCAGCCACACGGCAAAGCUGUGCUGCCUUCAGACUGGAGCACGAAUGGGUCAAAAUCUGACCCGCCUGUGGGUAAUGCAGAUGGCUGUGAAACAGGUUACUGGUACUUUGUGAUAAGUACCCACAAUUAAGGCAGAAUCCAUCAGAAGCAGCUCUUGUGUGAGCUAAUGUCCUGCCCUCUUUCUCCCCCACUUUCUGUGUCCAAAACCUCAUUUUCAUUUUGGUGCUCAGUGGGGGUACUUGGUACCCUACAAUGCCUACAAAGCAUUUUGUUUAAUAAACAAACAAAAAAAUCCCACUCUGCUAACUUCCAAUAAACACCUUUCCUGUAAUGGCAUCCAAAAUCCUGGAUGAAAUGGGUAUGUAUUUUUGAGGGAGGUGCAGUAUAUGUAAAUCCAUCAAGAUUUUUUUAAACGAACCUCAGAAUGUUAUAGUAGGUCCCUUCAUCGGUCAUGACUUUGAGCUAUCUGGGUGAUGUCCCUUUUUCCAUGCCACCAAGCCCCCAAGUUUUAGUUAGAUGCCAUUUUGGAACUUGUACUAGUUUAUUUAUGGCUUUUAUUAAAGGCUUUGUUCUCUUCGUUCUCUUCAGUGCUAGCAAAAAUUCUGUUCGUGUUUCUUUGUGUUGCUUACCUGGAGUGCAACCUGAGAUACCUGGCACUGCUUUUAACUGAAAGGCUGGUUUAUUUAAUUUUAUCCAGGCUUACAUCUUCAAGCAUUUUAAAAAUAGGCAAGUUUAUUUUGCAGUAACUAGAGAUACUCUAUAUAGACUUUUUUAUAGAGAGAUGUCUGAUUUCCUUCUAUUGUGGAAAUAUCAAUUAUUGUUCCCAGCAGAAUGGGGAUAAGACAAGAAAUGCCUUUUCUCAUUUUACCUUUGAUGGGGACUCAGCUUGCAUGCAGGUCUGGAUCUUGGGGUACAAAGGGUAAAGGCUCAUCUGUACAGUAGAGAGUGGUGUACAGAGGAAAGAGAAGACAUGCAGCCCUUACUCAUGUGGACAUUGAGCUCCACAGCAUCGUAAUUGUGAAGCUUCUUGCACAGGUUUAAGUCCUCAAGCUGCAUCCUAUUCAGAGAAAAUAUUUUCAAUAUGCUUCCAAUAGGAAGAUCACUUGCAAGUAAGAGCCUUAACUCCAUCUUUAAAGGAUUUUUUCUCUGUCCUUUUAAGUUUCUUUCACACCGAGUGGUACAGUUUAUGGAAACUGCAAACAUUUUUUCCACAGCUCGCUCUCUUGUGUUGAACUUGUGUAUAACUUACCAGAACUCUUUGUUUCUGUAACAUGCUUUUUGUGGUGUUUACUACGAUACCACCUCACAAAUGUAAUUACUCUGUUUGAAACCACUGUUAAGUGUCACAACGUAAAUAAAACUAUUGUUUUCAUUACUGUCUUAUGGCAGUAAUACUAGA